AUGCCCAUGGCCAGGAGCUGGGUCUGUCACAAGACUUAUGUGACCUCGUGGAGGCCCUUUGAGGAAUCGUGCCUCGACCAUGAGUUGAAGCUGAGGGGUAAUGCCCUGUUGUGGCAGCUGGUCUGCAUUGGCAUGCUGGAAAAAGGCAAGAUGAAGUUGGAUUACAUUUUGGGCCUCAAGAUCGAGGAUUUCUUGGAGCGGCGCCUGCAGGCGCAGGUCUUCAAGCUGGGCCUGGCCAAGUCCAUCCACCAUGGUCGUGUGCUCAUCCGCCAGCGCCACAUCAGGGUCCACAAGAAGGUGGUGAGCAUUCCCUCCUUCAUUGUCUGCCUGGACUCACAGAAGCACAUUGCCUUCUCACUCCGCUCCCUGUAUGGGGGUGGAUGCUCGGGCCUCGUAAAGAGGAAGAACGCCAAGAAGGACCAGGGAGGGGCUGGAGCUGAUGAUGACAAGGAAGAGGAUUAA